AAUCAUCAGUCAAACUUCAAACAGUCUUACCACUUUUACCAGUCAUAGUCAAAGAGUCAAAAAAUUUCAUCAAAAUAAAGUUUUUUCACAAGAUAAUAGUAGAUAGGAGUUCUAGUGAUUUGAAAAUUGGUCUUUGAUAAGUCAAAUAAUUUUUAUUUUUAUUUUAUGAAAGCUCAAAGUAAGGAAUACAAUGGAGUGCAUAGGUUCUGAAAGUGAUAGCUGUGAAGGCAAAAAUUUGAACAACACAGAAGAAAAUUGUACCAAAGAUGAGAGUGAUAAGUUAACAGAGCCUUCUGAAUGCAAAAUCUAUAAAAAAGAUAUAGUAGAAAAUAUAGAUGAUACAAAUUCUCUCAGUAAUGCAACUGAUAGUGAGGAGACCAUUGAUAUGAAAGUUAUAUAUAACAAAAAGAAGUAUGAUGUUUCUACCAAGUUGAAUACUACUAUUUCAGAUUUCAAGAAACAACUACAGGGUUUACUAGGUGUUCCAGAUUCAAUGCAAAAGCUCAUGUAUAAAGGAUUACUUCAAGAUAAUCAGACAAUUUCUAGUUCCGGAAUAAUUAAGGGAUCAAAAAUAAUGUUGGUGGGUUCAACAUUGAAUGAUGUUUUGGCCGUUUCAUCUGUUAGCAAACAGGAUGUAGUGGAAAUGGAAAAGGCAUCAACUUCGAAAGAACCUUUAUGCAAACAAAAAAUCCACCGAAAAGUACUAGAUAAAGGAAUACCGGAGGAUGCUAUGCCAGGAAUAAGAAAUCUCAAGGAAGGACUGCCAUCAACGCCCCUAUCUGGUAUGUUGAAUAAACAUGGCGGAAAAGUUAGGUUAACUUUCAAAUUAGAAAGCGAUCAAUUAUGGUUAGGUACUAAGGAAAGAACUGAAAAAUUACCCAUGGGGUCGAUCAAAAGUGUUAUGUCCGAGCCUAUUGAAGACCAUGAGGAGUAUCAUAUUUUGGGAUUACAGUUGGGUCCUACAGAGGCAUCAAGAUAUUGGAUAUAUUGGGUCCCAGCUCAAUUUGUAGAUGCCAUCAAAGAUGCCGUUUUGGGAAAAUGGCAAUAUUUCUAAUGUGUUCACGAUGCGAUGAUAUCUUCUCGUUAGUACAUCAAUACAUGCUGUAACAUUGAAGGUUGCAUCAACUUUUACGGUGAAUUUCACUGAGAGCAAGUCAAGUGAUUAUUUUGGAAUAGUAAAUUCUAGCCUUUUUAAUUUUUUUCAUACGUUUAUAAAACUUUGUUAAGUGUUCCAUAAAUCAGGCUAUUUUUGAAUGAAAAUCAUCUUCCCUUGAUUCAAUUUGCUUUAUUUUUCUAGAUAUAUAUAAAUUAUGUCCUUACUUGAUAUUCGUUAAUAUUCAAUUUUUAUAGUGUUGAAUAUCUUAUUUGAUUGAAUAAAUUGUUUGAAUAUUCGAAUACCUAUGAUUUUUGUGACUGCCAGCCAUGUACAAGGUAAUU